ACGUCCAAUUUAAAGGAGCUCGUUUCUGAGCAAAUUCGAAACAUGUCGGACUUUGAAUCUCCCGCCAAUUUGAACCAGACAAAUUUUGGUGGGAGUUACAAUUUUUCGGACCACGUGGUGGAUGACUUUCAAUUGGAGAACUGUGGAACUUUGGGGUUUGAUGAAAUCCAAACCAUCCACUCGUGUGGAUACUGGGUAGAGGGCGUGGCCAUGACCAUUCUUGGUGCCAUCGCUUUGAUUACCAACCUCAUCAGUAUCUACGCAUUCUCCAGGAGAGAAAUGCGGAACAGCUUCAACUCACUGAUUGUGGUCUUAACUGUGAUGGAUUCCGUGUUUUGCGUUUUGUUGGUUGCGGACUACAGUUUUGCGCGGGCAUUUGAAAUGCAUACGGUGUUCUACACUCUGUUGUAUCCAUACUUCAUCUAUCCCUUCACAAACAUCAUGUUGAGCGCUUCGAUUUUCAUGACCGUCAUAUUGGGAUUGGAGAGAUAUAUUGCCGUGUGCUUUCCGUUACUUCACCGAGACUUGGCCUACACAUACUCCGUGAGCGUGCGGGUAUUUGCUUAAACGGUGCCAGUCAUCAUUAUCUCCAUCAUUGUCAACAUUCCCAAGUUUUUGGAGACGAAGAUCGUGGUAGAGAAUAAUGUGACUCCAAUAGGGGAAUCUUAUCAGGAAUCGCCACCUCGAGAUGAUGAGUAUCCCAUUGAAGACGAUGUCAUGAUGAAAGAUCGACCCGUUAUGUCGUACCUGAAUGUAACUACCUACACAAUUGACGUCACAGACCUGAGAAACAAUCCCAUCUACAUCAAGUACUACAUGAAAGUAACCCGAACGGUACUUCUUGGUAUCCUGCCUUUCAUCGCCUUGAUCUUCUUCAACGUGAAGAUCUACUUGAGAUUCCUACUCACGAGAGGUCGCUACACUAGAAGCAAUAGUAAUAGCUCCCAGGCCAAGGACUUGCAACUAGCCAUGAUUCUGGUUUGCAUUGUAUGCAUGUUCUUCGUCACAAAUCUACCUCGAUUGCUCUUGAAUCUAUACGAGCUCUUUAACGUGGACCUGCUUAUCAAGUGCGGUGACAACUUUUGGCCUCCAGUGUGGUUCAUGUGUAUGACCUCCGUCAACCAUCUGCUUCUUGUGCUUAAUUGUAUUAUGAACUUUGUGGUGUACUGCUUCUUCAAUGACGGCUUCAAAAGAGUCAUCCUCAAAAUGGUCGGCCAAAAGGUGGAAUCCCGGAAUGCGUCACAAGGCCAAAUGUCACAAGUUACAGUGAUGUCCGAAACCCAGAGGGCUACACAACAGAUUGAGUUAGCUCUAUUCACUCCUUCCACCUUGAAUGAAGAUCAAGAUCACGGUACACCGCCCGUUUGCUUAAAAUCCGUCAGUUUCGCAGGCUUUUGAAGGCCCGGACCAUCGUGCCCCUUUAGAGGGUCGAACCCCGCCGCCUCCCUCUUUGGUCAGCUCAAGACGUCUCAAUGAAGGUCAUGAUAACAAUCACCCUCAUCAGUACGCCAUUGUGGUAGCCAAUAUUAGGAAUCCAGA